AUGGGAUAAUGUGUAUGUUCUGAAUAAAUAACAGUUUUAAGUGAUGUACCUCCACUGACAUUUAAUAGUAAAAUUGAGACAAUUCGAGAGGUUGGAGCUUUGCCAGGUGAACCUUUGAAUUAAGGAGAUAUGGAGAAGAAUUUAUCAUAGACCAAAACCAGAUAAAUGGAUGAUUCAUUACUAUUAGAGAUUCAUAGACCAGAUGUUAAGGAGGCUAAAUUAACAUCUUAAGAAUUCUAAACUACCUAAUACAAAGUAUUCAAUAAAUGUUAAUUUAGGAAUUAUUAGAUAAAUUAGCUCCCUUUGAAGUAGAAGAAUCAGAAGCUUAUUUUUAUGGAUUUUAUGAAUUAAGUAAUGGAAGCUUGUAUUAAGGAGGAUGGUUGAAUUCUCAAAAAAAUGGAAAAGGUAAAAUUCAGUUAUUAAAUUAAAAGGAGUUUAAAUCAUGAAAAAUGGAUCAAUUUACGAAGGCUAAUUUUCUCGAGGAAUGGCUAAUGGAAAGGGUAGAAUGAUUUAUCCAGAUGGUGAUUAUUAUGUAGGUUUAUGGUGUGAUGAUUAACAUCAUGGAUAUGGUGAAUAUUACCAUGGAGAUGGAGCUAUGUAUAAAGGAGAUUGGUUUGAAAAUUUAUAGCAUGGAUAAGGAUUUGAAUUGUUCUCUGAUUAAUCUAGUUAUACAGGUUAAUUUAAAUUAGGAAAACGUGAAGGAUAUGGUGUUUAUAAAUUUCCUGAUGGUUCUCUUUAUGAAGGUUAGUUUAAAAACAAUCAAUUUAAUGGAAUUGGGUAUUAUAAAUUUAAGAGAUUGUAGUACUUAUACAUGGCAUGAUGGUAGAAAAUAUGAAGGUGAAUGGUUAAAUGAUUAAAUGGAUGGAAAAGGUAAAAUGACCUGGGCAGAUGGAACUUUAUAUGAAGGUGAAUAUAAAAAUGAUAAAAAACAUGGUUUUGGAACACUCAGAUGGCGUAAUCAUAUUAGUAAUUUAGUUAGCUGAUUCUCGAUUAUAUUCUGGUUAAUGGGAGUAUGGGAAAUAGCAUGGAAUUGGAGAAUAUACUAAUACUUAGUAAGGAAAGAGGAAAGGAUUAUGGGUCAACGGGAAAAGAAUGUAAUGGUGUGAUUGA